AUGGCAUCCAUCUCUACCGCCAACCAUUGGCUGUGGAACUUCGCAGUCGCCAUGAUCACACCAGUAGCUAUCAACAACAUUGGCUACAAGUACUACAUUGUGUACGCUUGCAUUGGUUCAUGCAUUCCUAUCACAGUCUACUUCCUCUACCCCGAAACCAAGGGCCGUUCGCUGGAGGAGCUCGACACCAUUUUCAAGGACAGCCCUUCAGUAUUGGGUACUGUCAAGUACGCCAAGUACAAGCCUAUGAUGACUGCCGAGGAGGUACCUUACGCCAAAACCUCAGAGCACGUCCACGAGGAGAAGGUGUAA